AUCCUGCGCUGACCGGAGCUAACUUCCAUCCAGCGACUGUGAUGGUGUUGUAACUGACCUCCGUGGCUCAUCUAUGCUAGUUCCUCCUCCAUGACGCCGGUCGCCAUGGUACCGCGGUGGGAGGAGCUCCCAGGGAGCACGAGAACGUUGGUUGGCAGCUUUUCUAACCCGUUCUUCCUGAAAACAUUUAGAGGAUCCAGAGACAGUCGUGAGGAGGUUUGGGUCACUAAGCAGACAUCUUGCAGAAAUGAAUCAAGAAUCAGGUCAGCCUGGAGAGCAGGAGGAGGUGACAGGACUGGUUUGUGAUGAGGCUGAUCUCAAAGAUGGACAAAUGAAAGAAGUAACUGUGGGAGAUCAGAAGGUGCUGUUGGUCCGAACCCACGGCCAGUACAGUGCUAUUGGAAACCAGUGCACUCAUUACAGUGCUGCUCUGGUUAAAGGAGCUUUGAGUGGUGACCGAGUGAGAUGUCCUUUUCACGGUGCUUGCUUCAAUGUGAAAACUGGAGAUAUUGAGGAGUAUCCAGGUCUGGACAGUGUACCUAGCUAUAAGGUCAAAGUGGAGGAUGGAAAGGUAUAUGUUACCAUUGACAAAAAGUCUCUGAAGCUGACCAAGCGGGUGAAGGAGAUGUGCACGAUGCUUCCAGAAGUCAAACAUACUAUUCUCCUGAUAGGAGGAGGUCCUGCCUCUCUGGUUUGUGCUGAGACACUUCGACAAAACUGCUACCAGGGUCGCAUUAUCAUCGUGACCAAAGACACUCUGCUUCCAUUUGACAAGACCAAACUGAGUAAGGCGAUGGAUGUAGACAGCAGCAGCAUCCUCCUCCGGUCAAGUGACUUUUUACUACAGUAUGGGAUCGAAGUGUGGACACAAAAGGAGGUGGUGUCAGUAAAUCCGGCUGACAAGACAGUGAAGAUAAGUGAUGGCAGUUCACAGCGCUAUGACCAGCUCCUUAUUGCAACAGGCUGCAGAGCUCGGCCGCUCAGUUGUCCUGGUUCAGACCUGAAGGGAGUAAAUGUGCUGCAGUGUUACGAAGACGCCAAAGAGAUAAUCAGCUCCAGCCCCGGCCACAAGGCUGUCGUUAUUGGAGCAUCUUUCAUAGGUAUGGAGGUGGCUUCCUUCUUAUCAGACAAAGCUGCCAGCGUGGCUUUGGUUGGCACGUCCAGUUACCCAUAUGAACGAACUCUGGGACCAGAGAUUGGGAACAUGAGUAUGCAAAUGUUGGAGGAACAGAAGGUGAAGUUUUACAUGAAAGAUGAAGUCACCGAAAUCAGAGGGGAGAACGGCAAGGUGAAAGAGGUGGUGCUGAAGAGCGGUACAGUCCUGGAGGCUGAUGUGGUGAUUGCAGGAAUUGGUGUUAUCCCCAAUUCAGACUUCUUGGCAGGAAGCAACGUGGAAGUGGAUUCAAAAAAAGCCGUGAUUGUUGACAAGUACAUGAGGACCAACAUACCAGAUGUUUUUGCUGCUGGAGAUGUCACUUCUUUCCCUCUGGCAAUUCGUGGCGACCAGAGGGUCAACAUUGGUCACUGGCAAAUGUCACAAGCUCACGGAAGAAUCGCAGCCCUGAACAUGCUGAAGAAACCAACCAAAAUUGAGUCUAUCCCUUUCUUCUGGACUGUGUUGCUUGGGAAGAGUAUCAGAUACACAGGCUAUGCAGAAGGAUACACAGAAAUCAUUUUCAAAGGCAAAGUGGAAGAAAGGAAAUUUGUGGCAUUUUACAUAAAGGAUGAGGUGGUGGUUGCCACGGCCAGCCUGAUGUUUGAUCCUGCUGUGUCUCGUGUUGCAGAGCUGAUGGCUAACGGCCAGACUUUAACAAAAGCACAGGCUCAAGCUGAAGACUUGAGCUGGCUGCAGAUGUAAAGAGACGUCUGCUCCCUCCAGGAGUAAGAAAUCGCAGCGACGAAGGAUGUAGCAUCGACCCUUUAAUGUUUUGUCUCCCUCUUUGUCAAAUAGUGCCAAAUUGGAUUGCUCCAUUAACUGCCUCAGGGCUCCUGAAAACCAAUCAGACCUCAUCUCUGCUCACACUUAAGAGCGCUGUUACCAUGGUACCGAGUAAAAUUUUAUUGAAUUUGCUCUUUGUGCAUACACAGUAAUCUGAUUGGUAGUGUCUACGGAUACGGGUCCGUAUCCGUAGCCCACAGGCUACGGGUGACCAGAUCUCGCGUAUCUGAUUGGCAAAUGGCAAGUGCCGUAUCCGUAGUCCACAGGCUACGGGUACGGGUCCAUACCUCUAGCAACAACCAAUCUGAUUGACUGCUGAUCUGCAUUUGUUUCAUGCUUUUACUUCUACUCUGUGGUCAAUAUUAGCCACACCACAUAAAUCUAUACAAAACUUUACAAUGCAUUAGGUUUUGUAGUAAAGUGUAGUAUAGGAACAUACAAAGUAAAAUAAUUCAUCCACUAAAAAUAUUUUUGAAAACACUCACAGCAUUCCACUCGUACUACUUUCAAUUUUUAUUAGUAAAUUAGUUCAGAUUUGAAGUACUGCACACAAAUAAUUUGAAGAGAAACACUUUUUUUUUUACUUUCAUUUGUAAGUAAGUAAAGUUUAUUUCUUAAGCGCUUUUCACAGAUAAAAAUCACAAGGUGCUUUACAAUAAAAUACUAGAGAAAAAUUUUAAAUACAUAUAUAAAACAAUAAAAUACAUAUAUAAAACAAAAUAAGAAAAAUGUCAACCAAAUGCUCUUCUAAACAACAGUGUCUUCAGUCCACUUUUAAAAGAGUCCACAGAUUCUGCAAAACUCAGAGACAUUCCACAAGCAUUCCACAACGUGGGGGCCACAAACUGAAAAGAUCUCUGUCCUUGAGUUCUGAAGUUUACACGAGGGAUUACAAGCAGCUUCUGACCUGAGGAACGAAGAGCACGACCAGGAGAGUAAGGAGUCAACAUCUCCAGGAUAUAAUGUGGAGCUUGACCAUGCAAAGCCCUGAAGGUGACAACUAAAAUCUUAAAAUCAAUCCUGAAUUUGACAGGGAGCCAGUGUAAGGCUGAUAACACAGGAGUGAUAUGGGACAUUUUGGAAGUUCCAGUCAACAGUCUGGCAGCCGAAUUUUUACUCUAAUUUUUACGAAUUUGUACUCUAAUGCCUUAACCAAUUAUUCUGCAGAUGUUUACAGCAAAUCUACACCUUUUUAUUUAGCAUUUCUAAUAUUCUGUGAAGCUGAUGUAUUUAGUGUUAUUUAGCUUAUGUUAGGAAAUUAAAAAAAUAAGGACAGAACAGUUAAGAAAAUACUUUAUAGCAUUUAAAGCAUCUUUCAGUUUCUUUGAAAAGUGGACGUGGAUGCUCUGUGGUUUGUAACUGAUACUGUGGCAUUAAACCUACUUGUUAAGAAUUUCUUCACCUCUGAUUAUCUACACAAUCAUUCUCAUCAGCUGCAGCUGUUUUUGUCAAACUGACUACAAUAAAUAACUUUUCAGCACUGA